AUGGGGCUGAGUCGGGUGCGUGCAGUGUUUUUUGACUUGGACAACACGCUCAUCGACACGGCAGAGGCCACCAGAAGCGCCGUGUUGGAGGUGAUAAAGCUUUUGCAGUCAAAAUACCAGUACAAAGAAGAGGCUAAAAUUAUCUGUGAUAAAGUUCAAGUUAAACUCAGCAAGGAAUGCUUAUAUCCUUCCAAUACAUGCAUUACUAAUCUAAGGACCUCAUAUUGGGAAGAAGCUAUCCAAGAAACAAACGGUGGGGCAGCCAAUAGGAAGUUGGCUGAAGAAUGCUAUUUCCUAUGGAAAUCUACCUGUUUGCAGCAUAUGACACUGGCAGAAGACGUCAAAGCCAUGCUUACUGAACUUCGAAAGGAGGUCCACCUACUUCUAUUAACUAAUGGCGACAGACAAACCCAGAGGGAGAAGAUUGAGGCGUGUGCUUGUCAAUCCUAUUUUGAUGCUGUUGUUGUAGGUGGAGAGCAGAAGGAGGAGAAGCCAUCACCUUCCAUAUUUUACUACUGCUGUGAUCUCCUUGGAGUACAGCCUGGAGACUGUGUGAUGGUGGGUGACACACUAGAAACUGAUGUACAAGGAGGCCUCAAUGCAGGGUUAAAAGCAACAGUCUGGAUAAAUAAAAACAGAAUAGUGCCGCAGAAGUCAUCCCCUGUGCCGCAUUACACAGUUUCUUCUGUGCUAGAUUUACCUGCCGUCUUACGAAGUAUUGACUGCAAAGUCAAUAUGUCAUCUUAAAGUACCUAAAAGGCCAUGAUUAAUCAUUUUUUAUCAAAUUAUGUAGUUUGAGCUAAGAAAAGGUCCAAUUUUACUUUCCCAAAAUUAUGAUCUCAUAGUCAUUAUUGUCAGGGUCCUCCCAACCUUUUUAAGUUUUGAUAACCAAUCAUUGACUGGUUUUAAUACCUGAAAAUCCAGAUUGCAUUUAUGUGAGUUCUUUUUCAUUAGUUCUUUUUCAUGUAUUCAUCCUUUAGCAUUUUGAGUCUUUGCAGGUAGCAAGCAGAUGGCUUAUAGACAGAUGUGCAAACAUAGACUUCAUGUUCUGCCUUAAACAUUGUUAGGUGUCAUUGAGUUGGCUGUGACUCCUAAUGGCCUCAUAAUAGAAAGACUUGGUACCUAGUUUGUGCCGUCUUCAUAAUUGUUGCUGUUUAAACACAUUGUUCCUGUCGUUGUGUCAGCCCAUCUUAUUGCGGGGCUUAUUCUCUGUCGAUGACUCUCUAAGUGAGAUGCCUUCUCCAGGGAUGGGCUGCUUCUGAUGACAUGUCCGAAGCAUGUGGAACUCUGCGUCCUAAGAAACCUUUAUUUUCAAGGAGAAGAGCAAGAGUUUUAUUGAAUGUUGAUAUUCAAGGUGACAAGAGUGGAUCCUAUCUAACAAAAACUGUCUCCUCAAAUGGGCUAAGAAAUAUUUUGACUAUACUUCCUCCAAGACUGAUUUGUUUUUUGGCAGUCCAUGGUAUAUUUACCACAGUUUAAAUCAUUUCUUU